AGGUCGUCACCCUGCUAGGAGUAGGAGUACUUCUUGGAGCCGCCCUCCCAACCAAAGCCAUUCCGGCACCGAAAUGGGAUGGGAAGGAUCACUCGGAAAUUCUGAAAGACCUGGUGCUGAACUACAAGUACAACGAUGACGCUCCGAAUGCAGCGGAAAUGCUAGCUACACUGGUCAGUGUAACUUGGACUGUGAGUGUGUGGAUGGCAAGUGGAAAUGCUGUCGGCUGAGGAAGAGUGUGAAGAACUUAUCCCAGGAGGAGAGAGAUCGAUUUACUCAUGCAUACUUGACAGCUGCCAAGAAUGAAAUUUACCAGCCAGCCAUGCGCUCCAUACAAUGGGCGCAUGCCGUGUUCUUCUGCACAACGAUACCCAGGACGUUGUAUGCCCACAGCGAUUCGACUGGCUUUCACAAUUUGCUUUUGUUGGCCAUGGAGAACCUGCUACGCCUGAUUGACUGCCGGGUUACUAUUCCCUACUGGGAUGUUUCACUGGAGUAUGCCAAGACGUAUAUAGAGCAAGCACCUGAAGGUUUUGGUGGCACAGGAAUGGCUCCUGAUUACUGUGUAGUUGACGGACCAUACAGAAAAGGGGAAUACAACAUUCUAAAGUUCAUUCACAAUGGCGUGGAGUUGCCCUACACGUCAUGCUUGACACGGAAUAUGUCCUCCACGAUGAAGCCUACAUCAUACCUGGAGUUCCAAACCAUGUUGAGUGUGCAUCCAGAAAGCUCUAUGAUUUUUGAGAUAGGUAUCUUUGAGACCUUUGACACCAACUUCCAUGUUGGUAUGGGUGGAACAUUCCAAGGCGUGAUACCAGGCAUGGAUCCAUUAUUUUAAAUGAUCCACAAUUUCGUGAACAAGGUGUUGGCAAACUACCAGCAGCAAGGACCGGAUCACUACACUGGCGGAGGACGUUGGAAUAACACUAAAAGAGUGGCGAAUUUCCCUUGGUUCCGGAACGGGGAGUUCUUUGAUGCUCAAAACUUUCCGAACGAUGUGUGCGUCCGCUGGGAUGCCGUGGCUGAUCGAGAGAGGCUGAUUGAGCUGGAAUACUACGCAGGACUGGAAACACCACGGUCUGACCACCUAUCUGUGUCCUAUAAGGAGAUGAGAAAUAAGGACCUCGACACCAAUGCCAGAGCAGACUAUCUUCUGUAUAUUAGUCGUCUGAAGGAAAGAUUUACAUCCGCUGGAUUCAAGUAUGAUGAAGAUGGUUUGCAGCUAACUAAAGACUGGGAGAAAAUCUUCAUAACGCAAGGUAGCUUUGCAGCCAAGGAUCUCCUGUCCAUACCCGUCUGUGCGCAGUACUCUUCCCUGGACCCGGAUUUCCUCAACACGACUAUUGUGCCAGCUGCGGCUGAACUUAUUCCUUAGCCGUUCUUGUUUAUCACUAUUAGUUUUUCAUUAGGGUCUUCUUCGCGUAGACAUCAAUGCAAUGUAUAUGCACAGCAUGUAUAGCAGGUGCGUCGGACACGGUACGGUCACUACGGUAUUGACCGUACAACUUUUUGCCCAAGGUACCUCGUGAAUCAAUAAUAAUACACUGACCUGGACUCUAAAUUUCCAAAAUUUUCGGCUCAACCAUCCCUCCCCCACGAGUAAAUUGUACUUUAGAUGGCUGACUGUACCACAUGAAAAUACUUUCCAACGCCCCUGUAUAGCUUUUGCAUCAGCCAAAAAUUAGCUUUACAGCACAUAAACCUAUCCUUCCAUACUGAUUUGCCACGAUUUUACAUUGACAAGCAUUCCCACUUUA